UGCAGCCACACGUCAUAAUGCUAACAAGCUAACAAGCUAAUGUUGCCUCAUGUUAGAGUUUUUAAAACAUUAAUUAUCCUUUGAUCCGGUUUAUAAGUGUUUUUCUCUCCGGGUCCGAUUCUCUCACCGCGUUCAUCGAGUAUUUCAAUCCGGUGUCAACCUGUUAUGAGUUAGCAACAAGCUACAGGAAGCUAACGUUAGCCAGGAAGCUAACGUUAGCCAGGAAGCUAGCGUUAGCCAGGAAGCUAGCACAACCUUCACAGCUAACACCCGAAAACAGUGUUUAAAGUGUUUUAAAUAUCCCUGAGAGAAGAUUGUUGUAUUAAAGCGACAGUUUCAAUUCAACGUUAAUUCAAAAAACACUUUAGUUUCAGCAGAGAUUCGGUUUGUAUAGAAACGAACUCCAUAGAGAAACCAGCUGAUUGACGGGAUCCACUCUCGCUGGAUUCUGGUUCUAAAUGUCGGAGUCGUGGAUGUGAACGUUAAAACUCUCGGACCUGGACCCGGGGAGAGGAGCCGAUCUUCGGCCGAAUGAGUCUCAUCGACACGUGGAACCGGCUCCGUCGCUUCGUGUCUCUUUGGUUCAACGAGUUCUUGACCUUUGUCACGAUGCGUCGACUUUUCACCCGAGUUCUGACCCGAGUUCUGCUGAACGAGUCCGUCUCACCUGUGAUGGUCCCGGAGGCGGAGGUGCACUCGCACGGCCGCAGGAAGCUGGUGGUGGGCCUGGGCAACCCGGGGAUGGAGGGCACCAGGCACAGCGUCGGCAUGGCGGUGCUCGGAGCGCUCGCCGCCCGGCUCGACGUGGCCGACCGUUGGCGUGGCGACAAGCAGGUGUCCGGUGAGGUCAUCGUGUCGGAGAUCCAACACACACACGUGGUGUUGCUCCGCCCCCGACUGCUGAUGAACAUCAAUGGAGUGUCAGUGGCCAAAGCAGCCGGUAAAUACGGCGUCCGGCCUGAAGACGUCCUGCUGGUCCACGACGAGCUGGACAAACCUCUGGGGAAGAUCAACAUCAAACAUGGAGGAAGCGCCAGAGGUCACAACGGAGUCCGCUCCUGUGUCGACUGUCUUCAGACGGAUGUGAUGCAGAGACUCCGAGUCGGGAUCGGACGCCCGACGGGGAAGACGUCGGUGGAGCGUCACGUCCUGGGCCGCUUCUCCUCGGAGGAGCGGAAGCUUCUGGACUCGGUUCUGGUCCAGAGUGUAGACCUCCUCCUCUCCCAGCUCUCCCAGCAGGAGUCCAAACAGGACCCCCCGUCCUCCCCCUCCUCGCCAGCAGGGGGCAGAGGAGCAGCACAGAAGAGGAAGGAGACCCGAGCUUCUCCAGCCGAGGACUCGUCUGCCGCCCGGAGCUGAAGCUCAACAUCUCUCUCAUCGAACCCACAGCUGCCUCAAGGACAAAUGUGUUUAUUCUCUGCUGUGAGAUCAAAAGACUUAAAAGACAAAGUCCAGAAGAAUCAAGAUGAUGGAACAGGAGCUGAGGUUCAGGCCCGAAGAACCUGAGGAACUGAGCAACUUUUCAAACUGCUGCAGGUGUUUGUUCCUCUGAAUCAGUUCUGACAUGAAGUUAAAAACUGAAACAAAAA